AUGUCUUCCAAUCUGGCGACUCCUGUCGCCUUUUCGACCGGGCAUCCUUCAACGGAUCCUGCAGUCCAUAUUUGCGAGUUGCAAGAAGACACGCAAAUAGAAAAGCACCAGCCAAAGCCUCCGUACGACAAGCAUCACAGUUGUAUCUGUCGCUGCGAACAGUGGACAGAUCUGUCAAGUAUCGAGUUAAUUGUGAGCUCGACGAACUUGGUGACAAUGAACGAAUCUUCAGACCACACGUCGAAAAUGAACGACGAUGUGGCAGCGAACUUCUUUCCGGAUGCGGACUGGCAGUUUGAUGCAACAGACUGGCCGCAUGCCGAAAAUCGCACUUACGAAUCGCCUCCGUACUCCCACGAUAUUUAUGCCGGCUGCUCGCCGAGCAUUGGUUAUCCUAUUGAUCUUAACGAUAUAGACGCGGCAUUUGACUGCGACAUAAGUACGCUGGACGCGUAUCUGCACACCCCGCCUUCCUGCUCCGCUAGUACCGAACUACCGCCGCACUCGCAGCCAAGCACAAAUAGUCCGACUACCACCGAACCGCCUGUUCAUCAGCCCUCUUCAACGCUGGACACUGGUCCGAUUGAGGAGUUCUUCCCUGAUCUUUGCGAUGUCCCUGUACCAUCCACCUCUCGGAGAGAAAAUCGGCGACGUAAUGUCUCAGCUGGUAGUACUCGCUCGUCGUCCUCUCGUUACUCACCAUACUCCAUCGACUCAUCUACGCUAGACGCAGAUGUUGCUUAUAGUGAGUAUCGUAUCAGGCGCGACAAGAACAACCUCGCAUCGCAACGAUCACGGCAAAAACGCGUCGAGAAAGUCCGACAAAUGAAAGAUGAGAAAGAAACUUUGGAACGACGGAACAUAGAAUUGAAAACGCUGUUGAGCUCACUUGAGGUUCAAGUUGCUGAUUACAAACGUAUGGUUCUGAUGUUGAAUCCAAACUACUCGACUUGUGGUGCAUUUGCGUACGCGGUUGAAGUGCGCAGUGAGACUCCGCCCACCCUCCCACUCCGAUUGGAGCUAGAGACGGUCCCAAUGCGAGCCGAAGCGCUUAAGCAGUUACACCACAGCUUGCUGGAGGGAAAUUCUAUAUUCGAUUGUAACAUGUCGCUGCAAUGUGUAGCAGUGAAGGAAUCACUGCAUCCGUAA